AUGAAUAUCGUCGCCUCGUACGGCUUCUCGUCCAAAAAACUGAACGUGCACACGGCGAUCCACAGUUUGAAAGAAAAGGACGUGCGGGUGAUCGUCGGCGACUUCAACGUCACGUUCGCUACCAUCGUGUUUUGCGAGGCUUAUAAGCAGCAAAUGUAUGGCCCACAAUACGUGUGGGUCACCAGCGGCUACCACGAUGACCGGUGGUGGACGAAGGCCAAGCGCAAUCUGUCGUCGUGCUCCGAGCAACAGCUCUUGGAAGCCUUAGAGGGUCACUUCGUUGUCCAGUUCGCCGUCGUUCGCUCUGACUCCAAGAAAACCAUCAACGGAAAGGAGAAAAACAAGUUAAAAUUCCGCACGAAAAGCUUGAAGACGUUCGUCCUCAUUGAUCUCCAAAGUAAGACCGCCGCCGCCUAUCAGCGAGAAUAUGCGCAGUUGUGUCAGGCUAUGUCUUGCAACCGCAGCGCAUACCAUGGCUAUGUUUACGACGGCAUUUGGGCGAUCGCGUUGGCUCUCGAGGGCAUCAUCGUCAGAUACAACCGGAUCGGUAUGCGUUUUCGUCCCAGCGGCCGAUUCUUCAACCGAACACUGUCGAACAAAAGUUGGGAACGAAGUUUGAUGACGUCUUUGAAUCGUCUGCAAUUUGAAGGUGUUACGGGACGAAUGCGUUUCGAAAAACACGCUCGAAUGGGCAAGAUAACCGUCGCACAGUUUCAAAACCAAGUGUACGUUCCGGUUGGUGAAUACGACACGGCUGAAAGCAUGUUUUCCAUCGAAGAAGAGGCCAUACUCUGGCAGGGCAUGGCUUUCGACGAUACAGACUAA